CUACAGAUCUUAAUAUUUAAUUAAUUCAUUACCUCAAAGUGCUUAUUGAAUUUCCUUUCUUCUGAUAUACCACAGACUCAAAGCUUUUUUUUUUCAACAACAAUAAUAUAUAAUAUUGAUACAAAAAACAAUCAAAAAAGAAAUUUUUAUUAAUGGAUAACCGUUACUCUUAUUCGACAUACUCACAAUAUUCACCAUAUCCCACAGAAUUGCCAGAAUCGCCUCCCCCACCAUGUCCUCCGUCUCCACCAGCGAGUGUUUUACGUGAAUUAGCUAUAGAUAUACCUAUUGGUAUAGCACGAGCAUUAUAUGAUUAUACUGCACAGUCUCCACUAGAGAUAUCUUUUAGAAAGGGGGACCUUAUUCAAGUAACAAAGCAUGUCAAUCCUUAUGAGUGGUGUGGCACUGCCAACAGUGUAAAUGGAAUAUUCCCUAAAAACUACGUCGAGCCCAUGGGUACAUUUGUACCUCAUAACACCAGUAAUCCAGCUCCAGAAACGCCUCCAAGACCUGCCGCAGUACCAGCCCCUACAACGCUGCCCAUGUUUCCAAACUUUGGCACUGGUCAUGGUACACAGUUCUAUUUUAAUCCUGAUAUGUACAGCUCUCCGCUUAGUGGCGUGGAAAAUUUGUCUGGAACACAAAAUCAGUUUGAUCGAAUUCAAUACAUGAAUGAGAUCCAGAAGAUGGCCCAACAAAACCUUGCUCUUAUGCCCAGUUACAUCAGUACAAUGAACAGCAUAAAUCAAAUUACCCAAGUUCAACAACAAAAUCAAUUUGAAGAACAGCAACAGAUGGUACAGCAAAAAAUAGCCGAGAUCUUGAAUAGUAGUAACAGUGGUGCUACAAAUCCUAUAUAUUCACAAGUACCAGAUCCCACAACAUCUUCUACUAAAUCAAAGAUCCUUGGAACUGUUGUGAAUGCAGCAGUAUCAGGCCUCGUGGGUAAUUUAACAGGUGGAGCAACGUAUGGAUUGUUUUAAACAAUAGUUCCAAGUAUAAUAAUUGCUAUUACUUUAGUUCACAUAACCUUCAAUAUGUUAUACAUAUAUACAAAUACAUAUCAUUUUACUGUUU